UGCGGCUGGAAGAUGGCGCCCUCGGGCCCGGGCAGAGUCAGGCGGCGCUGCCGGCGGGUGCUCUACUGGAUCCCGGUGGUGUUCAUCGGCCUCCUGCUGGGCUGGUCCUACUACGCCUACGCCAUCCAGCUGUGCAUGGUGUCCAUGGACAACAUUGGCGAACAAGUCUUGUGCCUGAUUGCUUACCAUCUACUUUUUGCAAUGUUCGUCUGGUCAUACUGGAGAACUAUCUUUACGUUACCAAUGAAUCCUUCAAAAGAAUUCCAUCUCUCUUAUGCAGAGAAAGAGCUGCUGGAGAGAGAACCAAGAGGAGAAGCCCAUCAAGAAAUUCUCAGGCGAGCAGGCAAAGAUCUUCCCAUCUACACCAGGACCAUGUCUGGAGCAAUCCGAUACUGUGACAGAUGCCAACUCAUAAAACCAGAUCGCUGUCAUCACUGUUCCGUCUGUGAUAAAUGUAUUUUGAAGAUGGAUCAUCAUUGUCCGUGGGUGAACAAUUGUGUUGGAUUUUCAAAUUACAAAUUUUUCCUUCUUUUCUUGGCUUAUUCUCUGCUAUACUGCCUUUUUAUUGCUGCUACGGAUUUACAGUAUUUUAUCAAAUUUUGGACAAAUGGCCUACCUGAUACUCAAGCCAAGUUCCAUAUUAUGUUUUUAUUCUUUGCUGCAGCUAUGUUUUCUGUCAGCUUGUCUUCUCUGUUUGGCUAUCAUUGUUGGCUAGUCAGCAAAAAUAAAUCUACAUUAGAAGCAUUCAGAAAUCCAGUAUUUCGUCAUGGAACAGAUAAGAAUGGAUUCAGCCUGGGUUUCAGCAAAAAUAUGCGACAAGUUUUUGGUGAUGAGAAGAAGUACUGGUUGCUACCCAUUUUCUCAAGUCUAGGUGAUGGCUGUUCUUUUCCAACCUGCCUUGUUAACCAGGAUCCUGAGCAACCAUCCACUCCUGCAGGACUGAAUUCAACAGCUAAAAAUCCUGAAAACCACCAAUUUCCUGCCAAAAUGUUGCGAGAGUCCCAGAGCCACCUUCUUACUGAUUCUCAAUCUUGGACAGAGAGCGGCAUAAACCCAGGAAAGGGUAAAGCUGGUAUGAGCAACCCUGCGUUGACCAUGGAGAAUGAGACUUAACUCUUCAAGCAAAGUAUCAGUGUUGCAGGCGGAUGGAAGAGGCUUCCUGCAGAAAGGCGCGCUAGCCAGUUAUUCCUAUUUCCUGUUGGCUAGAUUUGCAGAGCGUGAAUGAUUGGUUCUGUCUGAGCCAUGGCUUAAAACGUAACACAUUUUUUAUACAGUAUACAGAUCGUUUCAACUAUCACAAAUUCCUGUCAAAUAUUAACACUACUUAUGGUUUCUGAAUCGAGAGGGGGAAUACCUUCUAUUAUAAAACCUUGGAAUAAAUUCAUGGGCUAGUUUCACCCAGAUAUUUGGGCAGCACAAUGUAUCACAUAAAAUCUGAUUUUCAGAUUCAGGAAAUGGAGAAGAUUAAGAUAGUGUUUGAGAUUUAAGAGAUUUCAAGCCAGAUGACAACGGUAAGCUUUAUUUGUGAAACCUGCUAGUUACCUGUGAGAAGGUGGAUGUAGCAAACCAGACUCCUUUGUUUGUUCCUUCUGAUGUAAACCCAGCCUCAGACUGAGUGAAUUGUUGCAACUCCAAAUUCAUUACAAAGUCCCAGUGGCCUGCAGGUGAAGAUCACCCUCCGUUUUCACCAGACUUAAUCCAAUCUUAGCCUUGUUCCCUGCUGGAAACGAAGUAUGGACAUUGAAGCUGAAGCUCACUGAUAAAGCCAUUAGCUAGAAAACUCUUGUCAGAACUAAUUACAAUACACCGGAAAUAUAUUUUUCCUCUCUUCCAGUCUUCUUAAAUUGAGGGGAAAAAUCUGUAACAACAAUUACAAAGCGUGGCUUAUGACAUUCUUUUGUCAAUUUGGUUUAAAAAAUAUCUUUUUAGGUUAUUUCUCCUAUGGGAUGUAGCAAAAAUACUAAAUUUCUAUUAAGAAUUCCUGAUGGGUCACUAGAUGAAUCCUUCAGCGAUAUCUGUGUUAUUUCUAUGCCUCUCAGCAAAACUACCUAUUUAGAUUAAAUUAUGCAAAUUAUCAAACAACAUCUGGUCUUCUGGAAAUUUAGUUCAACAUGAACUAAAGCAGCAUGCUGUUUGGAGAUAUAGUUCAAGAUAGACUAAGGUGGUUUGUUUGUUGAUACCAGAAUGUUCAGCUUCAGUAAACAUACUGAGAAGCUCUUGUGCCUUGUAUGUGCUAUUUAAAAAAAAAAAAGUUUUGUUCCUUUUUUUUUUUAAUUUGAAUGAAGUGUAUGUAAGUUUUGUAAUUGUAAUUAGCAAAUGGAAUAACAGGCUGCAUGCUUUUUGGUACUGACUUUGAGAGUUUAAAGCAGAUUACCUUUUAAAACUACACAGCUGAAGAACUCACAUUUAAUCAAAGAGAAAAUGAUGUUAAACUUUUCAAAGUCUUUGUUAGACAAAAAUUCAACACAAGGAAACUAGAAGGCCAGAGGAUAAUGGAAUAAAAGAUCUUGGCAAUUAGUCCUUGCUAACCAUAUAAUAUAAGGAGUUUUACAGUAAAUGCGUUAAGGAAAGAGUCAGCAUCAGCCAAAUGCAUUUUAUGGUUAUUUGAGUGCAGUUCUUUGAACAAUAGGAUCGCCGUCUUUUUCAGACUUUUUUUUUAAGAGCUAAAGAUUUUAACCUGAUAAUCUGCUUUAAGAAAUCUCAGAAGAUAUGAUACAUUUUUACUUUUAUCUUAACUUAGCAUUUUUUUGGUCCCAUUUUUCACUACCUAAAGUGCCAGAUUGGAACCGAUAGCUACUGCUAGAAGUCUUAAUGGCAACAGCAGCGCGUGCUAUAUUAAGAGUUUAAUGCAGCCAAUUUUUUUUCAAAGCGCAGUACUAGAUCUCUUUUCCUAGACAAGAUUCUGUUAGGAGUUCCCUCAUUUAUCACUAUUUUUUUUUUUAAUUUGAGUAAACUUGUCAAACUGAAAGCAAAGAAAAAAGGAGGGAUUUUUCUCCUUUUCUCACUAGAGAACUGUUAAUUUUUUCCCCUUUAAAUCUUUUAUGUAAUUAUUCAAAAGCAUGAAAACAUUUUCAUUAAGUUGUAAUGGUUCCCUUUCUGUUUUUAUACUAUGGACAACUGUUAAAGAAUUUUUGGUUUUGUUUGUUUCAGUUCUAGGGGAUGAUAAUUUUUUUGGAAAUGAUCGCAUAUCUCAUUAAAUAUGAAGUAUAUAUUAUACCUGAGAGAAGAAAGCAACAAAUAAACCUACGUUUUGUACAUAGCUAUAAAAUUUACUUUUAAAUUAUUUUAAACAUUUUACUUUAAAAAAAGUUAUUGGCUUAACUCAAAGUCGAAAACAAGUUUACACUUCAACUGUCCUGAUUAUCCAUUAAACUGAUAAUCUUUAUUUUUCCUGUGUUUGGAAAUUCUACUAUACACACAUUAGGAUAUAAGAAGUUUUUCAUUUAAAAACUAUUGUACAAACUGCCUCUUAUACAUUAGUUAACUUUUUGCUAUUGCGCAAUGGAAUAGGUUUUGCUUUUUCAAAGAUAAAUUAAAGAAAAAUAUUUCAUCUAAAUAUAAAUGACCAGACAUUCGAGGAAGUGCGUUUCCACCAAUUCCCUCCUGUUAUGUCCGAAUAAAGUCUGGUUGAUCACGAAGUUGAAAUUGCCUUUGCGCUGACAAUCGAAAUUGCUUUGAAUAUAUACUUUUCUUAAUCGUCUACUAGGGCUACUCAUGGCAAAAUUCAUGUCUACAGCCUGGCUGUUACAUAGGGUUUUGUUUUUCUUUUUUUAAAGGGAGGAGGGAGGAUGGGUGAAUGAAGUAAUUGCUCAUUAGUAGUAAUUAAAUGAUUCUCAGGACAGUCAGUGACAGACUAUGAAAUUCGUGUACACUGCAAUCAGCAGAGAACUAUUGGAAAUAUGGCAUAUGUUUGACAAGAAAAAAACUAUAUUCACUAGGGAAAUCAAAUGCAAAAGAUUUAUAAACGUGUAUAAAAAAUUACUCUAGAAAUACUGUUGUUCAUGCUUCAAGGAAGAAAACACGUGAAAACCUGUUACGCCAUUAUAUAAUGAACUAGAAAUUCUUCCCUAUUUUGAAUUACAUGUAAACUUGCUGCGCUGGCUCAGAGGUCAGUCAGCCGUAGACUCUGGUGUAUACUCAUCACAUGAUCGCGUACUUACCUGUGAAAGGGAUGGCUCUGAUACUCCUAUGAGUUACAAAAUAAAAGUAUGAACCUACGCAAACCACAGAAAAUGGUCAAUGCAAGCCCACUUCCAUUGUAAACCACGUAAACCACGCGGGAGAUACCCCAGUACGACCGUUCCCUCCAUGGAUUUUUCACAAAUAACAUAUAUCUGUACGUAAGAUCCGCCUGCAGAAACCUGUUUUUCCCCAGUAGACAACCACCUGACUUAAUCCAACAUGUUUUCGCAGCCUACACUCCUUUUUCCACAUACUGAGCCUACUUAGAUGUGGAAGAGGACCCUGUUAUACACCUUACGUAUUUGUUACUCUUGUACAAAAGAUACCACUGGAAUUUUUUAACCUUGUCUUGGUAAAAAAAUUAUAGAUUCUAAUUUUUAUUGAAAUAUUAGCAAUUUGAAUAUGUAACUAAUUAUUCAAAGCAUUAAAUAAAUGCCAACAU